AGAAUCUAUUCUGAUUGGGCGACGACGACUUUGAGUGACGUCAUCGCGUGGAAUGCCCAUUCAUCGGUGCAGUUGGGCGUUGGACUCCGCAUCUUAUUAGUAACCAGGGAAAUUUCUCCAUUUUCUGUGCAGUCUAGAGUGUUACAGGCACAAAUCUAGGAUUUAAAUAAAUACUUGCACUUUCCAAGGGUUUUUUUCUACAGUUUUCUUCUCUGUGACUGGAUUUGCUUGCUACGUUCACUUUUAGCGCGCUCUUUGGCCAGGUGUUGUAUUCUAAGGAAGAGGCUUGUUGCUCUUUGUUCUGUAUUGGGGAUCUGUUGAGCUCUUUGUUGGAGUAAAAGCAUGGGAGCGCAAUUCUCUAAGACUGCUGGAAAAGAAGAAACGGCUGCAGAAAAACCCGGAGAUGCUGCAGCUUCACCCUCUAAAGCCAACGGGCAGGAAAAUGGCCAUGUAAAGGUGAAUGGAGAUGCCUCUCCAGCGGCUGCUGAGGAGAAAGAAGAGGUUCAGGCUAAUGGCAGCGCAGCGGCUGAGGAGGGAGAGAAGGCUGAGGCAGCUCCUGCUGAAAAGGAGGCUGCGGAGGGAGAAGAGGCAAACACAGAAGUGAGUGCACCCACUGAAGAGGAUGCUGCAAAAGCUGAGGAUAGUGCAACUCCCUCCACAAGCAACGAGACGCCCAAGAAGAAGAAGAAGCGCUUCUCUUUCAAGAAGUCCUUCAAGUUAAGUGGCUUCUCUUUUAAGAAAACCAAGAAGGAGACAGGAGAUGGCGGCGAGGAGGCAGUGGUGGCAGGUAGUGAGGAAGCCAAAACUGAGGGAGCUGCAGCUGUUGAAGGAGGUGUGUUAGAAGAGAACACCAAACCAGCAGAGGAGGCAGCGCCAGCUGUAGAAACCAAACCAGAGGAGAAACAGGUAGAGGAGCCCAAGGCUGCCAGUCCUGCCACUGAAGAGCCCAAAGAGGAGGAGAAACCAGCAGAGUCAGCAGCAGUGGCAGAGCCCGCGGCCUCUCAGAGUGAAGCACCUGUGGUAGAAGAAUCCGCUCCCACUGUACAAGAAGCAGAAUCCAGUCCAGAGGCCCAUGCAGAAUCUGCCACAGAGUAAUCUGCACUGCACACAUCAAGAGAGUGAGAGAGAGAGAGGGAGCAAGGAAAAAAGAACAGAUAAUCAAGGAAUAUUUCCCUGUUGUAAAAUGGAGUAGUGCCAGGGUAUGAGACUUUGGAGAACUUUGUCAGCAACAAGGAAUAUUUUAAAGAUUUUUUUAGUCUUUAGUUUUUUUAUAUCUCCCCCUCCACAAAUCUCACUCCACCAUUGUGGUUAUUCCUAGAGCUGUGAAAUGGAUGGCUAAAUUGAAUAAUACAGAAAAAUUUGUAUUCAUCUAUUUUUGGCAUCAGUAUUAACUUUUUUUUUUCUUUUUUUUUUUUGGAUUUUUAUACAAACAAAACAAUGUAAACUUGUUUAAAAUAUAUGGACAUGACUGUGGAUUAAAGGCAGCUGGUUCAGGGAACAAAAUGGGGUGCAGGGAUUGGGAAUGGGAGUUAUUUUUUUAUUUUAUUUUUUAAGCGUGUCACCUUGGUGGCUCAGCUUUAUACCACAGAUGUAAGGAGUAGCCCCAAAACAGAAUGACCAACAAUUCAUCCACUACAGUUUACAACUAGAGUGAAUUUUUUUUUUUUUUUUUUUUUUUUUUUUUUUUUUUCUAAAUUCAAGCCAA